GGCACCUUAGCCUCUUAAUUUCAUGUUCUCCCACCUCAAUGAUGGGCAUGUGUUUGUUUUCCGCCUACAAUCUGCUUGUAAAAGGCUCCAAUAUUUUGUUCCCGUUGGUUAUUUGUCGACAAGAUUCAAAAUUCAAAAUGUAAUUCAUGUUCUCAUCCUACAUUAUCACCAGACCAAUCUCUUGAAUGGUUGACGAAAUAUUUCCCCUAAUAAUCUACAUGGCCCGAUUGAAGAAAAAAAAAUCAUGGGCCCUGUGAGCCCAAUCAGGUAAUGUUCACGUUUGUAUAAAAACCAAAUAUUAAUCUUCACGGAAGGAGAAACACAUCCCAUUGCUGCUUAAUAAACACUUGCAUUGUUCGGUCCAUUAAACUGGUUGGAUUAUUGGCUCUCCUUCUUAAUAAACCCUUUGCACCAUUCAGGCAUUCACCCCCAAUCCCCAUAUGUAUUGGCCCAUCCGAAAACUCAAGCCCAAGACAAGACAGCCCAGUGUGCAAGACUCUUCGUUCCCUUGCCUCAAUUGCACCAGCUGGCAGCUACCCCAGCACUCCAACAGAAGGGGAACCCUAGCCAGGUUACUCCAAUGGAACAUAUACCUAGCUCUAACUUGCCAAUUCCUUCCUUUGAUGCACGAUUCAAGUUAUCGUCUGACUUCCUACUACCAUCUACCUAGACGUGAUACACAAACUUGCCUUUAAAACUCUUGUGUUUUAAAUCAAUGAAUGCACCUUUGAUUUUCCGAACAAAGACAAUAACACGGUUCGUACCUCUCCAAGCAAAGUGCGAACGAGAGUGUUUAUGUUUUCCGGCAAGUAAAACUCUUGUGUUUGAAAUCAAUGAAUGCACCUUUGAUUUCUUUGAACAACGACAAUAACACGGUUUGUACCUCUCCAAACAAAGUUCGAACGAGAGUGUUUGAUGUUUUUAUAGUUGUGAAAACUAAGUUAAAUUACUCUACUCCUAUGGAGAUUUCGUGAGAGCUCCAGAUACUAAAAGCUAAAACUAUGGGUACAUUGCAGAGAAAACUAAGUUCUCCUAUCAGCUCGAGCAUCUUGGCUGACAAGUCUCCACCCUCUAGGUUUCGUACUUAGUCUUGUGCAUAGGGAUUGUCGCAUAACCCCCUACCCUGAUGAGCUAACCACCAAGUUUGUGUAAUCAACUUGACAACUUUUCACCUGUUUGCUUGGUACCUUUCCAAGCCCGUCUUGCCAACUUGGUCUCAUUGGCUUAGUACCCGGGCUGACCAACACCACCCCUGAGAUUCACACUUAGUCUUGAGAAUUUAGGGAGUGUCCAUGAUGAUAUUUUGGUACUCGGUCGGGUAGCCACCUCAGUUGGCCACUCUGUCACCUCCUCAUCGGGUUGGCACCCAGUCAGUUUGAUAUAUAUACUUAGUUUUUGGGAGGUUUGGUAACUUGAUACCAAGGUUGUCUUGUCAGCUCUCUUGCCUGGCUAGCAAGUCCGUCUUGCCAACUUGGUAUCCAGACUUAGUUUUUGUAUGGUUCUCUAGUUGGUACCCUGUUGCCUAGCCACCAAACUAAUCUUGGCGGCUUGAUAUUCAAACUUAGCAAAUGGGUGAAUCUGAUAAGGUGGGAACUUCAGCAUAUCCAGCACAAACAAUAGCGGAAGCCAGUACCUUGCAUACUGUCCGGUCUGAAUCCAAUAACCAUUGUUAAUUAAUUAUAUAAACUGAUUUUAAUAUAUUUUUACGAUACAAAUUAAAUGAUUAAUUGAAGUUACUUAACUUGAAAUGAUACCAAGUUAGCGUAAGAGUUCUGAGUUCUCCAAGAAUUAAUGAGUCUUUGAAUAAAGAAUUCUAAUGGAUCAAUUUGACCCAGUUGUUUUGUUUCGAGACAAUCUGACCAAAUUGAUCUGUUUGGCAACAUAAAAUUUAGAUGAAUCAAUUUAGUAUGAAAAUUUUCAAAUUGACUCGUUUGAUAUAAUUAUAAUUAUCUAGGGUGGUGUAGACAAUUUUAAAUGAAUAAUUUCGUAAAAGAGACAAUUGGUAAUUAUCUUGAUUUUCAAUUUAUCCAUCCAAACAACCUAAGAUAGGCAAAUGGUAAAAAAGAUGGCACAUCCUCUGGGUAAUUAUCAUAAAUGGUCAUAAACCUAUUCACGUUGUACAAAACGAUCACAAUCCUUUAAUUUUGCACGUUUUGGUAAAAUAAGUUUGAGUGAAUAACGAAUUGGUCAAUCCGUCCACUUCCGUCCAAAACUCCGUUAUCUUUUGCCCAAUCAGCAUGACAUGUCAUUAAAAUAUUAAUAAAAAAAUAAGUUAAUCAUCCUAAUUAACACCACACAACCCAACCGGCCGUACCCAAAGUCUUCCCUUUUCCUUCAUCUUCUACUUUGAUAUUCUCCACCGCCCUGUAAAUCGCCAUUGCUGAUGACGAAUCCAGCGGCAACGACCGCCUCAACCCCUGCAAAUCCCCUGCCCCUUCUCUCCCUCGUUCGAACACAUCGCUUGGAACCCACGAAAGACUGCUCCUUAAUAAUACCAUCAAUCUCUUUGAAUGAUCUGAAAGGUCCGGUUCAUUGCUACUAUUGUCACCACUCACCACUACCAAGACUCACUUCACCCUCUCGCUCCUCCUCCGGUGCAGUCAUUAGAGUUGUAGGUUCCAAAUUCUCUACUGUAGAAUUUUCCCCAGAAUUGAGAUUCAUCGAUGACCCUACAACAACAGCUUGAACAACAACAACUCUGGAAUUCGCAUCGGCGGCAACGAUCGGGGCGCGUCAGAGUGGGCAAUUUUUGUGAGAUCUAAGCCAAGUAUCGACGCAAGGGAUGUGGAAAGCGUGGCUACACUUGGGCAACAACCUCAAACUUUCGCCUUCUUCAAACUCGCUCAGGCAAACAGAGCAGUCUGUAUUGGAACAUCGCGAUUGAUUCGAUUUUCGAGUGUUCCACGGUGUGGAUGUACCAAAUCGGCUUAUCAAUUACAGGGCCAUGAUCUUCCGCGAUGAAAUCGUCCUGUGUAGCAAAACAGUCGACGGAUCCCGUCGCCGCCAACUGAAGCUCAAAUUCCUGCGCUGCCGCCUCGGUCUCCAGAUUCGAAGAACUAAACAGAAGAUUCCUAUAAGCAGAACAAAGCCGAUCAUCGCCCCCGCGACGGUCAUGCUCGUGACCAGCAGAUUCUUCCGGUUGAAGUGCCCUCCGGUCGGAAUCAGGGAGGGAGCGACGGGGAACUUGGUGGGCGGCGCGAAAGAGGCGGCAGAAAGAUUAAGGUAGAAGUUGUCAUCGUUAUCUUCUGGUCCGAUCGCCACUCUCUCCCGCAAGUAGCUGACUUUCUCCAAUUCGAGGGGGGGGGGGUAUUAUGAUACGGCCGGUUGGGUUGUGCGGGUCAAUUGGGUGAUGAACUAAUUUUUUAUUAUUAAUAUUUUCAAUGACAUGUCAUAGUGACUGGGCAAUGGAUAACGGAGUUUUGGACGGAUUGACCAAUUCGUUAUUCACUCAAACUUAUUUUACCAAAACGUACAAAAUUAAAGAAUUGUUACCGUU